ACUGUUAAAUAAUUACCAAACGUAUCCACCAGAUGGCAGCAGCAACCAAACAAACGAAAUAGACCCAGUGGGUUGGUUUUGAAUUAUUUCUCAAAUUACUGCAAGUUAUCUUAUUAGAGUUAUUUCUGCUAUGUUUACAUCCCACCUAUUCGCUGUGCUCAAAUCAUGUUUUUAUACAUAAUCCCUCCUCAGUCAUGACGACUAUCAUUGCCCAACUUUCAGUCCAACUUCUCGUGUUGUUUUCUCAAAGUGUCCCCGGCGGCAGCUUAUUAAAGCGCGGGCGUUCAUUCAUUCAUCCUCAUUUAAAAACAGCAACAGCAGCACGCGGAAGCUUUUUGCAGUAUUGCACAUGUGGGAGGAGAUGCUGACUCAGCGCAACUUAUCAUCAGGAACACCCUUUGAACGCGGGGGAUUCUCAUUCAAGACCUCACUUUCUUUUGUUUUAGCAUGCUAAGCUAAGGUUUGUUGUUGUUUUUUCAAUGCUAUGGUGCUCAAUUAGUUUUUCUUUCUGAAUCUUAAUUAGAAAAUUCAUACAUUUAUCUUUUCUAAAAUGUGACCUUCGUGUUGACCGGAUGCUUUUUGGAGAGGGGUUAGCAUGGACGCUAACCGUCGUUAGCACACAUCACUGCCAGCCUGCCAUUUUGCUCCGGGAUGGUCAAGGUGGUCCCCGAUGGCGGACCAUCUGCUGAGUCACAGCUGGGCUGGACCACCUUUGCGCGACUUUGAAAUAACUCGGUUUUCUUUUUCUUUUUUUUUUAUGCAAUCUAAGAUGUUGCUUUUUCUUUGCCUUUUUUACGGUGACAUUUUAUCCUGAAAGAUACACCGGAAGUGAUGUCACCUGCAAAUUUUGCAUAUCGCAGUCAAUCAGGAGUUGGCACGAGCACCGCCAUCCUCAUCAUCAUCCAGCUCCUUUCUGUCCCUCUCAUGCCAGUCACUGAGGCUUUACUGCAGCUUGGAGCAUGGCGUGCAUCGGGGACGCCGACCCCUUCACCGCGGCCAUCCCAGCCACCAAAGUUGAACUCACCGUGUCGUGCAGAAACCUGCUGGACCGAGACACCUUCUCCAAAUCGGAUCCCAUUUGUGUGCUGUACACGCAGGGGAUAGCAAACAGGGAAUGGAGAGAGUUUGGCAGAACAGAAGUGAUCGACAACACACUCAACCCUGACUUUGUGCGCAAGUUUAUCUUGGAUUAUUUCUUUGAGGAGAGGCAGAAUCUACGUUUUGACCUGUACGACUUGGACUGCAAGAGUGACAAUCUCUCCAAGCAUGACUUCCUAGGGCAGGCCUUUUGCACGCUGGGCGAGAUUGUGGGCUCGCUGGGAAGCCGGCUCGAGAAAGCAUUGAUGGGUAUUCCUGGUAAGAAAUGUGGAACGUUGAUCGUGAGAGCCGAGGAGCUGAGCAACUGCCGGGAGUCGGUCAUGCUGCAGUUCUGUGGCAACAAAUUGGACAAGAAGGAUUUCUUUGGCAAGUCGGACCCUUUCCUCGUCUUCUACCGCAGUAAUGAAGACGGAUCGUUCACCAUUUGCCACAAGACUGAAGUGGUGAAGAACACUCUGGAUCCCGUGUGGCAGGCCUUCAAGAUUCCCGUCAGGGCGCUCUGCAACGGCGACUACGACAGGAGCAUCAAGGUGGAAGUAUACGACUGGGACAGAGACGGCGGGCACGACUUUAUCGGCGACUUCACCACCAGUUACAGAGAAAUGUCAAGAAGCCAGUCACAGUUUCACAUCUAUGAGGUGCUAAAUCCAAAGAAGAAAGGAAAGAAGAAGAAAAAGUAUCAAAACUCAGGAACGGUCACCUUGUUGUCGUGCCUGGUGGACACCGAGCUGUCCUUCCUGGACUACAUCCGAGGCGGGACGCAGAUUAAUUUUACGGUGGCGAUCGAUUUCACAGCAUCGAACGGCAACCCGUCGCAACCCACCUCGUUGCACUACAUGAGCCCGUACCAGCUGAACGACUACGCCAUGGCGCUUCGGGCGGUAGGCGAAAUCAUUCAGGACUACGACAGCGACAAGAUGUUCCCGGCCCUCGGCUUCGGAGCCAAGCUGCCCCCCGACGGACGCGUCUCGCACGAGUUUGCCCUGAACGGCAACCCGCAAAAUCCGUACUGUAGCGGCAUCGAGGGCGUAAUGGAGGCUUAUUACCAGAGUCUCAAGUCAGUGCGUCUCUACGGGCCCACCCACUUCUCCCCGGUCAUCAACCACGUGGCCAGGUACGCGUCGGCGGUGACGGACGGCUCUCAGUACUUCAUCCUGCUCAUCAUCUCAGACGGCGUCAUCACAGACAUGGCUCAGACCAAAGAGUCCAUUGUCAACGCUGCUUCUCUGCCCAUGUCAAUUAUAAUUGUCGGGGUCGGACCAGCAGAAUUUGACGAAAUGAUCGAACUCGAUGGGGACGAAGAGAGGAUCUCCUCCCAAGGACGCUUUGCGGAGCGGGACAUUGUUCAGUUUGUUCCGUUCCGGGAUUACAUCGACCGCAGGGGCAAUCACAUCCUCAGCAUGGCCCGCUUGGCCAAGGAAGUGCUGGCGGAAAUCCCCGACCAGUUCCUGUCUUACAUGAGGACGCGGGGGAUCAAACCCGGCCCGCUGCCGCCCCCUUACACGCCGUGCCCCCCACCGGCUCUUCACCCUCUCCUCGCCAGACGGGUAAGCCGGAUCUAAGCUUCGGGGGCCUCGUCUUCUCCUCCUUCUUCUUCUUCCGAAUCUUCACUGGAAGCUUUUGAGGUGGUUACCGAUGGUUGUUGUCGGAACGCCGUGCACGUGGACGCUGUGAAAAGUGACAGUGGGAACGCUAGCUGUGUCAGGGGGGUGUGGCCUGAUCCGCAUGACCAUAACAGACGCCACUUCUGUGUCUCUCCGUAAAUACAUGUUUACAAGUUGAGGCCUGGAUAAGGAUGAAACUACCAAUGGAGGUGAGGAGGCCGAAUGGGAGCGUGUGACUUUUUUCAUAUUUACGAUGUUAUUAAAUGGAGCAUGUGCUAGUUAAAGAGAAGCAUGCACUGUCGUCCUGCACUCAGGGCUUUGUCCCGCCCACCCGACUUGAACCAGCCUUACCUUUUGGCGGCGUUCUUCCACACGGCUUUUUGGAACCGUAGCUAGGCAGUACUCCGUAAUCUUCACUUCAAAACAGGACUACAGUCUGUUAUUAAUUAAUUUGUUCAUUUUUGUAUCUUUUGUCAUCCUACCUCUGAGUGUGUUGCCAAAGCAUGCUAGCUUGUCUGUUUUUAUUUUCUUAUUGUUGUUAUUCAAGUCUUUGAAUUAUUAAUAUUUCUUCCCCGUUGCAUUUUUUUUUUUUAAAGAACACAACAUCAAAAAUAAUGAGGGAAUGAAGUCAGUAGUAAAUGACUGUUCUUGUAGCAUUUAAAUAUUCUCCCUUUCUUGACAAAUUUAUAGGAGUGAAGUAUCAGGUGGUGCUAAAAAGAUUCCAGCGAUUCAAUCUGUGAGUAACUCACAUUCCCCAUCGUAUCGAUUGUUGACAUCCAAGAUAUUUGCCAAUACCCAGAGUGACGAUACCUGUCGUGAUCGAUGAUGCCCACCGUCCCAAACGAUUGCUCUCGAUGACAUUUCUAUUCUUAGUUAUUCUGAGUUGGAUUUUGCCAUGGCCAAUAUAAACGUGUCACAAAGUUGUGAUACAUUUCCUUGCCAAUUUCUUAUUAGGAAUCGUAAUUAAUGAAUUAUUUCACUGAUUUAUUCAUUUGUCUUUCUGGCUUUCGGCUGCCAACGUUUCAGGGCCACUUCCAAACUUAAAAGGGGUGGGGGCGGGGGGAUUAUUUGUGCUGCACUCCAUUAAAAUUCAGGAGAGAGUCCCUCCCCAAACUGCACUGACACUUUGAGCCACGACCCUCAUUUUGUAUUUUUUUAAUUUAUUUAUUUAAUUUUUUGUUUGGUUUGAAGUCAAGCAAAAACAAGCAACCGCUCAUUUCCUUUUCACCGAAUGAAAACAAUUCUUAGCCCUGUCCUGAAGGUUUACAACAUUUUCUAAAGUCAGGCCUCAAAAUACACAUCCAACACACGCUUGUAAAAUGUUUUCUUAUACAUAUGAAUACAGUAUAUAUUUAUACACUGUACAAAUAUCUGCCUUCUUUGGUGUAUGGGCUCAUGAUAUUUAUCUUAUAUGUGAUGCUGCUUCUAUAUGUAUCAUAUUUUGUACCGAGGCCUGUAAUCAUAUUUAAAUUAUGACUAACAGGCCUUAUCCGUGUUUCUGUGUUGAGUUAUUCAUAUUUAAAUGAUGAACGACAGGCCUGUAUUUUUUUAUAACUGUAUAUUGUGAACACUGACACUCCGUAGCAUUGCUAUUAAAAUAAAUACUUUAUUGAGUGUAACUGUUUAGUGUAUUGUAGGCAAUGGAAGGGUGGUCUGACAGAAUUUUUGUACCCUAUAUGAUGAUUAUUUUCAUGUUUUCUUUUGUUAAUGUUUUUUUUUUUUUCCCCCUUCACUCCUGAGAGACAAAUGUAGCAUCAAUUGCCGAAAGCAGAUAAGCAAACAGGAAAUAUGUAAAGUCAAUGCACUGGACACUAAAUUAGGUACAUCGUUUAAUAAUAUCCAAAGCAAAAAUAAAUUCUGACUUAGUAAGAUAAUGCUAUUGUUUUAAAUAUUUCAAUUAUUGUGGUUGGUUUCUCAAACUAUUUAUGUAAAUGUUGCUUUUAUUUUUUAUUUUUUUUCACAAAGUAAUAAUGAAACCGUAGCCCGUUAUGUAAAUUGGUGAAUUAUAAAUAAAUUCAAUAUAAUUUUUUUUUUUAGCUCCAGCCUUUUUUAGUAACAUUAAGUAACCAAAAUAAACUACAUGGAACGGCCAGGUGCUCACCUUGAAUCCCAUUUCAGUCAACAAACAUUUUGGGACCGUAGCAAACGCCCAAAUCCAAAUAUUUGUAAUCAUGAUACAAAUAAAAGACCAAUAAA